AUGCCAUCUUUUGAAAGUGGUUCAGGUGCUGAAGAAGAAGAAGAAGAAGAUUAUUUUAAUGACUUAGAGGUUGAUCUUGGAAGUGAAUUAGAGGAGAAUGAAGAGGAGUACGAAGCUCUGGACAUAACUCCUCAAAGUGGAUAUGACGAUGCCUUCAAUGAUCUAACUAACGACACAGCUUUUCUAAAUGAAUUAGUUAAAACUUUUAAACCUUCUACUAUGCUAAGUUCUGUCGAUAUGAACAUGGAACCAAAGAAACUUUCGAUAGUAUAUAGAGCGAUCGAAAAACUUAAGGCAAUGUUUCAUUCCCAGUCAACAUCAUUCAUUGAAGUUUUGCCUCAUCUGAACGAACUUAGCCAUCAGAUAAGAAGAGAAAUAGACAUCCUUUAUCAAUAUUCGAAAAACAUAUAUUCGACAAGAUUUACUGAACUUGAUACCAUAGCAGCUACCCCAUAUCAGUAUGCAAAAGUUACAUCAUUGAUAGAGGGAACUUCUGAUGAUAAGGCCGGCCAACUUCCGAUCAACAUCGAAAUUGAAGCUAAACUUUCAAAAGAACAAGUCUUGGUGCUACGAAUGUCCAUGCAAACUUCAUUCCUUAAGAAUAAACCUUUAGAGAAGAAGGUAAAACAUUUGCUUUUAGAGGCGUGUUCUAUGAUCAUACAACUUACGGACUUGCAAAAUGUUAUCCUGCAAUACAUUUCUUCUAACGUAUCUGAUAUUGCCCCAAAUUUGUGCGUCCUAGUGGGUCCAGAGGUUGCAUCACUUUUAAUCGCACACACAGGAGGAAUACUUCAAUUAGCAGAAAUACCUAGCUGUAAUCUAGCGUCUAUUGGGAAAAAUAGACAUUUAUCACACGAACUUCAUACCACUCUAAGUGGGGUAAGACAAGAAGGUUACAUUUAUAGUAGCGAACUAGUUCAAAAUCAACCGAUUCAAAAUCACAAACAAAUGUUAAGGAUGGUCUGCGCCAAAGUGGCCUUAGCAGCCAGGGUUGAUGCGGGUCAAAGGGGUGCUGCUAAAAACGAUUUAUUGGGACAACGGUGGCGAGAAGAAUUAGAGACUAAGAUUCAAAAAGUUACAGAGUCGCCCAAUAUUUCCAAUGUGAAACCAUUACCUAUCCCAGAAGAUAAGCCAAAGAAGAAAAGGGCUGGGAGAAAAUUUAGAAAGUAUAAGCAACAGUUCCAAUUAUCUCACCUCAGACAAUUACAAAAUCGAAUGGAAUUUGGGAAACAGGAACAAUCUACAAUGGAUGCUUUUGGUGAAGAAAUUGGCAUGGGUAUGACGAGUUCAUCCAUUCAACAAUCGAUAGGAGGUAUCAGAGCUAGCUCACAACGUGUAGAUAAUUCGGCCAAGAUUACCAAAGUGAUGAAACGUAGACUUAAAGAGGCAGAUUCACAAUCAAAAGAAUUUGCAUCGUCUCUGAAUUCAAGAGAAUUUUAA